AGUCUUCCAAUUCCUCGUUUUCUUCUCCACUUUUUUAUAUGCGCAAGCCCCAAAAGCUCGGGAUCUUGUAAACUUUGACAACACGACGUUGAGAACUGAACCUUUCUUUCUUUGCAACAACCCUCACCUGUCACCCCGAGGUAUAACGAUAGGAUCCUCGCUUCCCUUUCCCCUCCCGUUACCUUAUUAUAUUGAGACAAGAGGUGUUGUAGUGAAAUUACCUUGGUCGCGUCUUUUUAGAACGCGGGUUGCUUUGGUUCUUUUUUUUUUUUCUUUUUCCCUCUUUUUUUUCACUUACAUAUCCGGUUACUGGUGCAAUACGACAACACCCAUCGAUACCACCAACUAUAUCUCCUCGCUCGAGAAUCGCAACGUAUCCGUGUCCUUCGAUCGCGACGCAAACAACUACGUUUCACAACAUCUCAAGUUGGAUGAUGGCGACAGAGCCAACCCUCCAGCCGGAUGAGUUAAUGAACGAGCCCGCCCUGAACCAGCAUGCUAUCGCAAUCGACAACACCCAAAAUGUCGGACCUUCCAGUGCUACUACAUUGAAUGGAGCAUCCGAUGCCGAAAACAAGCAAAUUGCGGAAAUCGUUGAUGAAAUUAUCAACUCGGCCGAGGUUAGUGUAAGCGGCGGGUCGGAUACAGAAACAUCAAAAGCUCGAUUAGGCGACAAAAGUCAUGCGCGAACAGCAUCGACCGUCAAGAAGCCACAGAGCUUCAAGUCUGUCUCGGUAAAUCGCACAUUUCUUGCUUCCAAGACUGCUGCGAACUCGACCUCGCGACCCGACUCUGCUGCAGGCUCAGCUUCUUCUACGCCGCAGCCUACUCCCACCAUCUCCGCUUCUCGUCUGAAGCUAGUUGCCAAGUCCGGAAGUAGCCUUGGUGGCUCAACCAAGACGCUCAGCAGCAAUGGUAAACCAGCCGCUGCUCCGGACCCAAACACGGUUUGGAACCGAAAUCGGCCUGUGUCACAGCCUGAGCAGAAAAAGCUAUCCGACGAGGAACUAAUGCAUAAAUACGGCAUACACAUGGCGGGUCGUCUAGGACCCGAGGAUACGAAGGGACAAUCAAAUUGGGCUGAUAUUGACGAUGAUGAGGAAUGGGCACCGGAUACCAUAACAUGGACCGAUGGAACCAAGAUUACAUUACCGCAAGCAGACGAGCCUGCCACUAGCCCUGUCCCUGGCCCAGUUCCCGCUGCACUCAGCAAAGAACCCUCCCCCGCUCCGCAGAAAGCCAAGUCUCCAGCGCCGAUUCCCAUCGCAACCGAAUCUCCACUCUCUAGACAAGGCGUUAUUUCCUCGGGAAAGAGCCUCGUAUUGAAGGGUGCGCCUGAAAAACCUACUCUAGUUGCGAAACCUCCCGCACCUCCGACACCCGCUAAGUCGCCUUGGGCACGUUUACCUCCGAUUGAAAAGGUGCCUCCUGUACAAUUAGAUACAUCUGCUCCACAGUCCGCCACACGUCCUCCGGCACGAGAUCCUAUCGCUACCCAGAGCGCAACACCCCCUCCAACUAAGGAAAUAGCUGCAGAUGACUUCAGUCGAUCCGGUUUUAGGGAAGGACAUGCUACUAACAAUAGCCAGCUCUUUAACUCUCACUCGGGACGAUACGAGCCAGUGCCAGAUCGAAGAGGUUCUAGAGGUGAUAUCCACGGUCGGCAGCCGGCUGUUCUACAGCGGCCCCAUCCUCACGACCAGCAAGGUCCCGCGGAACCCUCCGCUGCUUUCCAGACGAGCAGAACCGGUGGUCAUGAUGGUCCAUACGGUCAAGGUCCGUACGGCCGCCGCCGUGGUUCUUCGAAUGUUAGUGGCACUAGUGGUAGCUUCAUUCACAAAGUCGGCAAGCCUUACGAAAUUCAGCCACCCCCGGAGUUGCUACAGACUCGAUCCGGCUCCGUAAUUACUGGAGGUGCCGAGAGUCCAAUCUCCACCAGAACUUUCUCUCCAGCCACCACUCAGCAAACACCGAGUCUUCAGGCUGCUCAACCAUACCAACCACGACCGUCUCCUGGUCAAGUAUACGCUACUCCGCAAUAUGGCCCACAUGCUGGCGGCGCGCAACAGGUGCCACUGAACGAGGACGACUUUGUCAACCAGAAGAAGAUUAUGCGUGAACGUCGAGAACAGGCCAUUAGACGUAGACUUGAGCAGGAAGCCCGUGAAGAGGAAGCGCGUAAAGCUAGAAUUGCCGAGAAACUUAAGGCUAUGGGACCGGCCCCUGAGCGCAAGAGUGACAAGAAGGACGAGAAACCCGCUGAUACCGAUUCUCCGUCGUAUAGUCGAAGAAAUGAGGUGCCUACCAGCUUACGGCCGGGCCAAAGGGUACCCUCACAAGGGCCAGUUGAGCCCGGCUCUGUGGCAGCAAAUACUGCGACCGGUCUACCGUCUAACGUUGAUAGCCGAGUUAAUGGGGAGGCUAAACGAACCUUCGGCCAUGGCGAGAGGUCUCAGAGUCCAACUGCACAAAAUUCGAACACAACAAAGGCGCAACCUACAGCAUCCUGGCCUGAAGCACCACAGAAUUCAGAACGAUUUAAUACGUGGAGUGGUGGCGCUCAGAACACAUCUCGAAAUGUAUGGGGCGCCCCCGGAAAUGAUCGUUCCCUUGGAAAUGGUACUUUCAAUCCUGACUUAGGAACCUUGCCCGAUUCUCACCCAACUUCCAUCAACGAACGUAACCAUCGCCCAGCACCAAUCGGACCUCCUCGUUCCACGUCACAACAGCAUGCACGCCCCGAGCAACCAGCGAAUGGUCGAUUAGCGCCAAUUGGCCCACCCCGCGGUCGUCCCUCCCAAGCACCAAACCAAUCCGCGAAUAUGUGGAAUACUUUUGCCGCUAAUGUUGAAGAAGACGACCUCAGGAAGGAACGUGAAAGGCAACAAUUAUACGAAUCUCUCGCCGAUAAACCCUCAUUACCUUCGACUGAGACUUGGCAUGCUAGACGAGGAGGCAACAAGCGCGAUAUUACGCGAAGUUCAGCGAGUGACCAGAUGGAACCUCAAUUAAGUAGUUCGUCCGGUUCUAUGGCAAGGUCUGCUGCCACUGGGGAUGAGAAUAUCGUUCCAGAGCCCACGGCGGAUCAACGUGCCAAGUGGAAGGGUCUUAUGCCCCAUGAUUUUGCUGCUAGGGAUAGAGCUAGAGAAGGCACUGUAAGAGAAGGGCCUACAAGAGAAAUAGCCGGGACAUUCCACUCUAAAAUCAGUGGACCUCCUGCAUCGGGCUCAGCGAACCAACCUAGGAGCAGUUCGCGAUUUUUCCCUGCCACUCGAGAUGUACAGUCACAAGACCAUCAGUUCCAUGAACAAGUGCGCACGAAAUCCCCCACUCCACCUCCUCCGACGGCAGAUGGUCAUCCUGUAUUCGAUGGCGAUGUUACCCGUCCGCACGUGGCCCUGCCACCUGCUCGUCCAAUCGUCAAAUUGCCACCAAGCAAUUCUGUAGCCGCUAGUCCAGUCAUACCGUCCGCUAAACCCGCGCCGAUAUCGUUCGCUGCAGCAGCUGCAGCAGCACCCUCGAGAACACAUCCGCAAUCGGCAAACCCCCGGCCUUCUAGUAGAGGCAAGGGAUAUGGUGGAAUCCAGCAGACACCAUCUGAGCUCUUGACGCAAGAAAAUUGGCAGGAUAAGAUUAACAAUCUUAUGGGCAAAAAGUCGGCGUUACCAGCUAGAUCUAUGGCAGUGGAUUCCUCGAGUAGGAUUGCGUUGGAACAUUCACACUCGUAUGACCCCGCAACUGUGGCGCUUCCAGGUCUCUCGUAUUCGAUAAGUUCUGCGUCUAGUGAGAGCAGUGACUACACAAGUAGGGAAAUGGCGGAGGAGUGUUUUGGGGAGCAAGAAAUGGGAUCGCUGCCCGCUGUCCGUCUGCCUAGUGAAGCGCCGGACGCACUCUGGCAAGCCGUUGCGCCUAACUUCGAUCCCGCACCCGCCCGACUACGAGUCGAUCCAACAGUUGCUGAGGCGUUGAGAUUCGCGCCCGAUAUGUCCAACGGCAAGAGCGUAAUUCGAAUUAUGGGUCCCUUUAUGCCCGAGCCAAAGACUGUUCCGAUGCCUUUUGCGAAUAACAGAUCUACCAGUAACCCACGCCGUCUGGGUCCCCGAGGAGGGCCCAGACGUUUAUCGGGUCGUGGCGGACAACGUGGAGGUAGAGACUCUGAUCAUGGCAGCGAUCACACCUCGUCGCAAUCGCCCGGUCGCCCGCCGUCAACCCGUAGCGGACGUGGAAAUUAUAGACCCCGAACCGAGAACUGGGGCAGACACGCAUCUGCUACAUCAGCAGCUCAGUCGUGAGCCUGUCCUACGAGUUGGAUGAUUGAAAUAUAGCCAUCUACGUCCAACUACUCCACACUAAUUCAAUACGAUUCGACCGCGUUGAUUUCGUCCGCAUAGUCUACCUUGUCAACACUUUUCGCCUGUAUACUCAAUUGCGAUCAAGUGUUGCCAAUUUUAUCAUCCACUUGUUGUCACGGAUAACUGGCGUAUUCUAGGACAGCAAUCUGUACAACAGGGUUCUGAACACAUUUCUUCUAGGCAUUUCUCA